AGCGCGAGACACAGAACACCAGCUGCGCGCGCUCUCGGCGUUGAACCGUGUAUCAGAUGUAAACAGCACCGAAACGCUCGCGGAGCUGCUCGCUUUUCAGCGUGUGUGUGAACUCGGACGCCUGCGGGAAAAGGCGUGUUUUAUUUCUGUCGGAAAUGAAUUCUUCUCCUGUUGUUGUUGUUGUUGUUGUUGUUUGGAAGUAAAAGUUGCUGUUUGGCUGCGAGCUCCGCCGCCGGGGCGCGCGCGUGAAGAUCACGUUACACAUCAGGAUUUCUGCCUUGGCUUUAAUUCUCACACAACUCGUCCUUACCGAAAACUGACUCGUUUAAGGGAAGUAACAGAUAAACUGAACUGAAAUCUGUUUGGACUCAUCGCUCACAUCCAGGGUCCAGUGUUGUUGUUGUUGUUGUUGUUUUACUUGUUUGUUUUUUUUGGCUCUUCUUUAACAACUCAGCAUAUAAAAACCUUCCGGAAUAAAGACUUUCAUCGUCAUUAUCAAACCUCAGUAUUUGAAUGGAAUUGACAAUUAAAGGACACCUGUACAUCCCUGUACAUCUGCGAACAGCCACGACGCUUCGACUAAUCGGAAGAGAAUCGGUAGUUUAAUCAGCAAAAGGACUCGUGAUGUGUAUAACUACACCUGAGAAUUCAGCACUGCAGGAUGGGGGCUAGGCAGUCCAAAGGCCACGAGGCGGGCUCCGGAUCGCUCCAGGGGGUUUGGAGACGAGCUCAGGCCUCUGUCCUGCUCCGUGCAUCCUCCAGUGUGCGGCCAGAGAGUCCGGGGGUGUCUGCGCCAUACCGCCGCCGCGUUGGAAUGAUUCAGGACGUGCUGCUAAAGGCGAAGGAGGGGAGACAGGAGGAGGCUAGCGAACUGCUGAAAAGUCUGAGACAGGAUUUGGGUAUGGAGUCGACGUCACUGGAUGAUGUGUUGUACCGGUACGCCAGCUUCCGCAAUAUGGUGGACCCCAUCACUCACGACCUCAUCAUCAGCCUCGCCCGCUAUGUCCACUGUCCAAAAACGGAGGGUGAGUCUCUGAGCGCCAUGGAGAAGGUGUGUCGCCAGCUGACGUAUCACCUAAGUCCUCAUCCGCGCUGGAGGCGCCAGGGCCUUCUAAAAGGAAAACCCCAGGCUAGUCUGAAGGCGGUUCUCUCCGUGUCGCCGGAUGGCACCGUGGAUUUAGCCGGCCUCCCACUUUCACGCCGUGACGCGGAACGCCUAGUGCUGCAUCUUCAGCGCAACUCUGCCCGUAUUCGUAGCAUCGAGCUGGGUUUCACAGAGCUCACAGACGAUACGCUGAUGAUGCUGCUGCCCACGUUGUCCGCUCUGCCUGCUCUCGAGAGCCUCGCACUCAACGGCAACCGGCUGACCCGAGGCGUCCUGCGUCAGCUCACCGACGCUCUCAAGGAGCCGAGAAGCUUCCCUGCUCUGGUGUGGAUCGACCUCGGUAACAACGUGGACAUCUUCUCUUUGCCUCAGGCGUUUCUUCUUAGCCUGCGCAAGCGCUGUCCCAAGCAGGGUAACUUACCCACCAUACAGGAACAGCCAGAACAGGGGGGUGGGGCGUGCGCGGUUGCAGGUUUGGAAGAAGUUGGGGAAGAUCCAGACUGAUUAAUCAUGGUGGUUGGUGGAAAAUAAUGAACUAUUAAGUUGUUGAGGAUGUUACUACAAAUUUGUGUUUGAGGGCGGAGUCAUUUUAUAAAAUUUAUUUCAUUUCAGCAGGAAUGAAUUGAUGAAGAAUGUAUGCAUGACUUGUGUCCUUACUUGUGUCAGACAGGUCCAUUGUCAAUAGACUUCGUGGGCUGACACCAAUCCUAGUUUUCGUCCAAUGACAAAGGCUCUUGUCUCUUGCGAUUUUUGUAAGAUAUACUGUACUGUAUAUUGAGAUCAACAGGUUUAGGAGAUAUAAAUGUGUUCCUGUAUAAUGAGCGUCAGAACUCGAUGGAAAAAUUAGGUGCCUGAUGACUGAAGACUGUCCUGCAUCACCCCAUAAAUCCAGGCAUGCACUGUGCAAAUCUAGGCUGUUUUUUCCUAAUCUGAUUUGUCAUUCUUCUUAAUUGGGCCAGAUCUUUAGCUGCACUGGUGGAUACACAGUGUACUUGGGGUAGAAUUAAUGGAUGAAAAACAUAAUAACUGCUUAGAUGCAUCAUGAUAUUCCUUAUACUAUUGUACCAUAAU